UUGGCGGUACUCCACGACCCAGCGUAAUCGAAUCAGCCCAAUGUAGCCACAUAUGUAGUAAAAACCAGUCCGCGGCGGGGGGGGGGGUGUCCCAAACCCCCAAUUUUCCCAAACUGAUGGGGUGCGUGUGUGUUGUCUGGCAAGCAAGGCGAACAGCUCUGACUCGGCGGUGUCAAUCAGCGUGUGUUGUUAGCUAUUUCAAGUUGUAAUAAGCAAGCUGAACUUUACCAGCUAAUAUAUUUACUGUUUUUAGACGAACAGCGAUGGACUGUGGGGAUGUUCAGUGCACUCCCCUGGUCUUUCUGACUUUCCUUCAACAGCAGAGCUGCAGCAGUGCGGAGCUCCGCAUAGAGCUGGACUCAUUGGCCCGGGAGCUGAAGCUAACCCAGGACAUAAACGCCAAUGGUCUGGGUCUUAACAUCCACGAGGAGGGCGAGCUUCAGACAGAUGGACACUUCUGCAGCAGCAGUAGUAUCUUACUGGAGGGGCUUGAGCCUCAGGCUGCGCAGGCAUGGCCCGAUAACCCUGCCAAUGAAGAAGCCCUGAGAGGUGUCGCCGCAGGGCUGAUUGAAAUAGCUGAUCAGCUUGAGCGUAGUGUGAUGGCCCAGGCUGCUGAGAAUCUGACCAAGAAACUGCAGAAGUAUUCCAUUGGGCUAUGGAAGCACCACCUAGCCCUGGAAGUGGAGUGGGUGAAGAAGCAGGGCCUGGGCCCCGUGCUGGACUAUCUACCCCAGGAGAAGGUGAUCAUGGCCCUCACUCUGACCUUGGUGAAGGGGGUGUGUGAGCACGCCCCCCUACUGCUCCGUAAUCUGUUCAGCACAGCAGUUCAGUUCAUAAACCCGACCGUGGCCAGGUGACUUCAAAACAGACCCCAAACUCUACGGACUCCCCACUCAGGACGUACACUGAGCCUGAUGCUUGAUUACCAAUCAGUAGUGAGUGGGCCAUUUAGUUUAGUUCAGGGGCACAUUCAUUUUCUUAACAAGCUGCUCCGUAAAUGUAGAACUUUCAAUCAUUUUUGUGAAAAGAUAGUGUUUGCCGCUGGAUUUGGAAACUUCAGUGCUUUAUUUUACCAGUUCUGAUACUGAAAGGGAUGUAGAAGUGUCAUGCAUCGUCUGCUGUUUUCACUUCCACAUUGUGCUUGAAAAUUAUUUCUGUAACAAGUUUUUUUUCUCCCCCAACAGUUUUGUAACAAUACAUGGCUUCCUCACAGGGGAUGAAUCCCCUUUUGUUUCAAAGUCCAUGUUAGUGUUUGUUAAAUGCCUUUGUUUGUUGUAUGCAUAGAGAUCCAUUUAAAAAUAAACUUAAGAGUAAUAAAAUGUAAGGGAGAACCA